AUGAAGUACUCUGCUCUCAUCGCCGCCGCCGUCGCCACUCUGGCUUCUGCUCAGUGCGUCUCCGACAUCCCCAGCUGCGCCCAGAGCUGCAUUGAGGACGCUGCUUCCUCUGCCACCAGCUGCGGUGCCACCGACUUUGAGUGCCAGUGCACGACCGCCAACCAGGCUGCUAUCCAGGGCGCGGCUACCUCUUGCGUCAUCUCCGCUUGUGGUGCUGACGUCGCCGUCAACGACGUUCUCCCUGCCAGCUCCAAGUUCUGCUCAGCCAUCAACGCCGGCGAGACCUGCUCCGAGGGUGGCAGCUCUUCCUCCGCUGCUGCCUCUUCAUCAGCUGCUGCUUCCACCUCAGCCGCCGCCUCCAGCUCCGCUGCUGCUGAGACGACGGCUAGCGAGACCAGCGCCAGUGCCAGCGAGACCGAGGCCUCUUCCACCCUGGUUGUCAGCACCACUGUGAGCAGCGCCGUCGAGACCACUGCUGCCCCUUCAACUACCGCUGCGGGCACCACCGCCGCGUCGACAUCUGCUACUGCUGUUACCACCGCCGGCGCUGCCAUUGCUGGCUCCAUGGGCACUCUGGGCAUGCUCGUCCUCGGUGCCCUGGCUCUGUAA